GUAGUUAUAUAGACAUCAAUCAGGUGGUUACCUUUUGCUAGACAGCGAACCACUAUUUUUAGAUCUAUUUUUUUUCUAGCCAUUCUGUGCAGGGAAAAAUGUUUCAUGACAUCUAAAUCUCCCGUAAAUUCCAUUAGCGUUUUGAGUUCUCCUAACGAGUGAGGCGUUCACGUAGAAACACUAAGUAAUCACUGUCACGGGUUAUUAUCACAAUUAGCGGACGCGAAAGCGAGGUAAGUGAAGAGAGAUUAGCCCCGUCGGCAUCGUCACCACUAAAUCAUCAAGUCACACCAUGAACAAUACCUGAUGCUGUAUUUGCCAGCGGUACCUGAAGGUAAGCAUCAUUAGCGUAUAGCCUGUCAAGUCGUUACGACCUGUACCACUGCUGCCACUUGGAUCAGCCUGGAACGUCAAUCAUGCGGUCUUUAGUAGCUCUCUUGCCACUUUUGUUUUGCGUACGAAGUGGCAUUGUCGCCGCAGAAUACAACUGUUUCCCAAAAAGGUACAACAGCGACUCCCUAGUAUGUGUCUGCAAUGACACUAAUUGCGGGCUACUUGGGAAAAUUCAAGCGGAGACUGGCCAAGUUGUUGUGUACCAGAGUUCGAUAGCGGGUCAGCGAUUUGAGAGAAGUAUCGUCGAAUUCGGCCAUUCGUUUAUGGCGAAAUCUUCCGAGAAUACUACUGCCGACUUGAUAAUUCGCGUAAAUACUAAUCGGACGCUUCAGCAGAUCAUCGGUUUUGGAGGUGCAUUUACAGAUGCGGCAGGCAUCAAUUGGAUGUCUUUAAAUUCACAGUUUCUUCGUGAUCGUCUUAUCGAAUGCUACUAUGGACCGCACGGCCUGGAAUACAAUAUGGGAAGAAUCCCGAUGGCUGGUUGUGAUUUCUCAACCAGAGACUACACAUACGCCGACUUGCCAAACGACUUUGAGCUGAAUAACUUUUCGCUAGCAAUCGAGGAUACCGACUACAAGAUACCGAUGAUUGCCGCAGCGAAUAAAAUUGCCACGGAACAGGUGUAUUAUCUUGGCUCGCCCUGGUCGGCCCCUGGCUGGAUGAAAACAAGCGGCCGCACUUACGGUGCCGGUGGUAUAAAAGGGUCUCCAGGAGGCUCUUAUUAUAAGACAUGGGCAGAGUAUUUCGUCAAGUUCUAUGAAGCUUAUAAAUCACACGGAGUCAAUAUUUGGGGCUUUACAGUCCAGAAUGAACCAACCACAGGCUUCAUGCCCUGGGGAUGGCAGACAAUGGCUAUGAGCCCUUACACCGAGCGAGAUUUCCUAAAGAUGGACCUUGGACCAGCACUGUUCAAUGCGACGAAUAACAACAUUAAGAUUCUGGUGCUCGACGACAACCGGAUUGUGCUUCCAUGGUGGGCUAACGUCAUAUUCAGGGACCCUGAAGCUAGUAAAUAUGCUGCAGGUCUUGGAGUUCAUUGGUAUCUUGAUGGGUUCCGAAGUGCGAACGUACUGGACGAGAUACGCAAGACACAUUCAGACAAAUUCAUCAUCAACACUGAAGCUUGCGAAGGGUUUCAGCUGCUGGCAAACGCUGUUAUGCUAGGUCGGUGGGAGAGGGCUGAAUCGUAUGCGAUGAGUAUCCUUGAUGACUUAAGGCAUUCCGUUUCUGGUUGGAUUGACUGGAACCUGUAUCUUGAUCUCACGGGGGGGCCUAAUUGGGUGAAAAAUUUUGUUGAUGCCCCCAUCAUUGUGGACAGAGACAAGCAGGCAUUUUACAAGCAGCCCAUGUAUUACGCUCUUGCGCACUUUACCAAAUUCAUCCCAAGAGGAUCGUAUCGACUGGACGAUGAGCUGAAAACAAACGUCAGAACGUUAUCAGGAGUAGCAUUGCUACGUCCUGAUGAACUCAAGGUAGCCGUAUUUCUGAAUACAGGCAGCAGUAACAAUACUGUAGAGGUUAACGAUGCCGACGGGCGGCAAUUUAGUUUCAAAAUCGGACCCAGAAGUAUUGCAACCGUUAUUUGGUGAGAAGAUUGUCACAGCAACUGCCCACAAUUAAUCAAGAUUUAAAUAUAUGUCAAGAGGACCAUCAGUUAACAUGUAUACUGAGAUAAAUGUACUCUAAUAAAGGAUUAAGCUACUACAGCGA